AAACUGCACCUCACUCACUCGGAAGUUAAUUCAUUCUCUGAUCUGAACUGGCGAGGAACGAGCCAAUUCUUCUACCACUAUACGGCCACGGGAAUGAAUAGUUUGGUAUUAUUUAUUCUUUUGCACCUGGGUUUCAUGGUUUGUCAAGGAGCCAACCCCUGUUGCUCUCAGCCAUGUCAGAAUCGAGGCGUCUGUACGGCACUGGGCUCAGACUCGUAUGAAUGUGACUGUACACGCACUGGAUAUCACGGUCAAAACUGCACAGCACCCGAGUUUCUCACAUGGGUGAAAGUUUCUCUGAAGCCUUCUCCCAACACGGUGCAUUAUAUUCUCACACACUUCAAAAGCUUGUGGAAUAUUGUCAAUAACUUGUCCUUUUUAAGAAAUGGCUUAAUGAGAUAUGUGCUAACAUCACGUGCCCAUCUGAUUGAUAGCCCCCCUUUAUACAAUGCUGACUACGGUUACAAAAGCUGGGAAGCCUACUCUAAUCUCUCCUACUACACUCGCACACUGCCUCCUGUCCCACACGAUUGCCCAACACCGAUGGGAGUCGCAGGUAAGAAAGAGCUGCCAGACGUAAAGCUUCUGGCUGAGAAACUGCUUGUCAGGAGGAAGUUUAUCCCGGACCCUCAACGCACCAGUCUUAUGUUCGCUUUCUUUGCCCAACAUUUUACACACCAGUUCUUCAAAACCGACAUGAAGAAAGGUCCAGCUUUCACAAAAGCCCUAAAUCAUGGGGUUGACUUGGGACACAUAUAUGGACAGGACCUUGAACGCCAACACAAGCUGAGACUUUUCAAGGACGGCAAGAUGAGAUAUAAGGUUGUGGAGGGUGAGGUUUAUCCCCCAACAGUCAGCGAGGUUCAAGUAGACAUGCACUACCCUCCUCACGUACCUGAGUCUCGUCGCUUUGCCGUGGGUCAUGAGGCAUUUGGACUGGUUCCAGGACUCAUGAUGUAUGCUACCAUCUGGCUGCGUGAACACAACCGAGUGUGUGAUAUAUUAAAGAAGGAGCAUCCUGACUGGGAUGACGAGAGGCUGUUUCAGACCACACGGCUCAUCCUUAUUGGUGAGACGAUCAAAAUCAUUAUUGAAGAUUAUGUGCAACAUCUCAGCGGAUACCACUUAAAGCUCAAGUUUGAUCCUGAACUUCUCUUCAACGAGCGUUUCCAGUACCAGAACAGGAUCUCUUCUGAGUUCAACACUCUUUACCAUUGGCAUCCGCUAAUGCCUGAUGAAUUUCACGUCCAGGAUGAAGUCUACAGUUAUAAGCAGUUUCUCUUCAACACCUCUAUAGUGACAGACCAUGGCAUCAACGGCUUGGUUGAAUCCUUCACCAAACAGAUAGCUGGAAGGGUGGCUGGAGGGCGUAAUGUUCCACCAGCUGUGUUAAUGGUGGCCAUGAAGUCAAUUGAAGACAGCAGGAAAAUGCGCUACCAAUCUAUUAAUGCCUACAGGAAACGUUUUAACAUGAAGCCAUACACAUCAUUCGAAGAUAUGACAGGAGAAAAGGAGAUGGCUGCUGAACUUGAAGAGUUGUACGGGCAUGUGGAUGCAGUGGAGCUUUAUACUGGGUUGUUGGUUGAGAAGCCCAGGACCAACGCCAUCUUUGGGGAGACCAUGGUGGAAAUGGGUGCCCCCUACUCCCUCAAAGGACUUAUGGGAAAUCCCAUCUGUUCCCCUGAGUACUGGAAACCGAGCACCUUUGGUGGCAAAGUGGGCUUUGAGAUCGUCAACACUGCCUCCCUGCAGAAAUUGGUUUGCAAUAAUGUCAAAGGGCCCUGCCCUGUGGCAUCUUUCAACGUGCCUAAUGUAGAAGAUUCAGUACCAACCACUAUUAAUGCAAGUACUUCCCACUCGAAUCAAAACGUCAACCCAACAGUUUUACUCAAAGAACGAGCAUCUGAACUCUGAUAGUUGUAUUCUGUAAGAAAGUCAUUAUUUAUUUAUUUAUAGGUUAUUUAUGUUAUUUAUUACACUGAGAAAAUUAUCUUUUAAUUCAGAUUUUUAAUGCAUAGUUUUUUUACAAAUCUGUUUCUUUAUAUAUAGCUAUUUAUUUAAUAUGUACAUUGUAUGUAUUGAUUUUAGCACUGUUAUAAUGCUGAAUAGCUGUCAUGGUUUUACUUGAAUAACGUUUCUAGUUGUUUACAAUGUUAAAAUUGUUUAACUUGUGUUGUUUGUUUACCAUCUGCCUUUUUUCUUCCUUUGUUUCUCUCAAUUUCCAUUAUGAAACAUCUCAAGAUCCCAGAAUACUAAACAAAAGAAAAGUUUUCUUUCUUACAAAAUAUCUCACUCUUCUUGUCUUUUUGAAUAUUUUCAUACUUUUUUUAUACUUGAAAUAUGACUUUUUAAAAUAAUAAAUCACAGUGAGACAAAUA